AUGUACUGAGAUGGGACGUGCUCUUGAAACCAUAACCAUGGCUCUCAUUUAUGUUUCCAUUCUCUGCUUGCUGACUCUGGUGUCAUCUGUUGAGGUUAAUGUUCAGGAUCAGUCUCGCAUCAUUCAUGCUGGGACGACUUUCACAUCGCGAAAUUACACCUCAAUCCUUUCGGUGCCCAAUGGAGAGAAAUUCGGGAACUGGAUGUGGUCAGAGCUGUGUCCUGAGAACUUCUACGCCACGGGAUUCAGUCUGAGGGUUGAGCCUAAACAGUACGGCGGUGAUGACACAGCUCUGAACGGAAUCCGUCUCUUCUGCGUCCAAAGUGGUGACCGUCGCUUCCUCUACAGUGUGGAGUCCCAUACUGGACAUUUUGGUGAGUGGACAGAGCCUCGGUGGUGCCCUUCUGGUACAUUGAGCUCAUUCCAGCUGCGAGUGGAGCCUCACCAGGGUAUCUUCGGAGAUGACACGUCCGUCAACAACAUCCGCUUCCGCUGCAGCAGCAACCCAACGCUGGAGGGCCAGGGCUUGACUUGGGGAGAGUACGGAGACUGGAGUAAUGAUUGCCGCAGUGGGGGAAUCUGUGGCAUCCAGACUAAGAUGGAGCUGUACCAGGGCGCUCUAGACGACUCGUCACUCAAUGAUGUGCGCUUCCACUGCUGCACCCAGAGCCAGCAGUAAGAUCAGAUCUGGCGGAUUUCUGUUGAGUAAAAUUGAAAAAUCCUGUUUUUCAUUUUUAAAAAUUACAUGUGCAGGUCAAUUCAAUCUGAGAGUACUGAAGGGUGAUUGAAUGAUAUGAUAUCACUGUUCUGAUAAAUGUCAGGAUACGCUUUUCUAAGAGUUGCCACGGAUACAUCUACAACAAUUCGACUAUCUCCAAUACUAAGUAUUAAUUAGCAGGAAUUAGCUGAUUGGAUGUAAACAUAAAUAAAUGUCAUUCAUGUGGAACUGCCGUUGUAUUAUGAAUUAAUUGUGAAAUAUGAAAACAUGAAAUAUAUCAGGAUAUGAUGUCAUCAUAUUGCCCACCCCCUGAAUGUGUAAGUGCUAAAAAAUAUUAUUAAAAGUCACAUAUUAAUUUUUUAAAUGUUAUUUACAUUGCUACAUUACUAGAAAUUAUAUAUUGGACAUUUACAAUUCACCUUUACAAUUGUAUUGCUGUAAUAUGACACAAUGGCACAUCGAUUUUUAAGUACUAAACAGAACAAGAGGGUGAUACAGAUUCCUAAAUUAAAUGAGUUUUAAUUAAAAAA